UAGUCGCUUCACACCAUCUGGAGAACUCAGACAACCAAUACCCAACGCAAAUGCAGUUUAUUUCGAUUGCUGUCAUCACUUUAGCCCUCUCUAGAGCUUCAAUGGGCCUAAAGGAUCCGAUCUGUGGUGAACAACCGGCCGCAAACACCGUUGGUAAAAUAAUGUGCCUUGACUAUUUGCCGAGAUUUUCCUACCAUCCUGAGCAGAAAGAGUGCAAACUGUUCGUAUACGGCGGUUGUGGCGCGAACAAAAAUAACUUCCAAACCCAAAUUGAAUGCGAGACCAAAUGCAAGGAGUAGUCCAUUGAAUAAUAAACAGUUUA